CAUUGAUAAGGCUUUUGCAAUUUAGAGAUGGAGUAGUUAAGUGGAGAAGAAGCUGAAGUAAGAUAAAUAAUUAAAGAUAUAUAAAUAGUUAAAAUCUAUCUACUCACAAGAUAGGUAAAAGUGUAAGGCUGGACGGUAUGGGCACCGUCCAGCAACGUCGACCCUCCGUCGCCGCCCCCCUCUCCAUUUCGAGCCCUCCGUCGCCGUUCCUCCAUCGUCGCCGUCGUCGGGUUCUCGACGCCAAGGACGGUCCUCCCCCUCUCUCACACCCCAAUAAAACCCCAAAUCCAAAAUCAACCCCUUCUCCCAAAUCCAAAAUCAAACCCUUUGAGAGAGAGUCACGAGAUAGUGAGGUGGUGAUGGCAUUCGAAGAUGGCGGCGGCAGCGAUUGACUGAGUUGUUGAUGGUGAUGGAGAAGGGUGGUAGUGGUUGAGAAGAUGGUGGUGGAGCCGACGGCAGCAGGGGUCGCCGGCGCUCCGGCUCAUGACCCGUAGCAGCGGCGGCAAGCAUUCAACAGAAACCCUCGAUUUGGACUAAGCAUAUGAACCUUGACUGAAAAUGUCCUGCUACAAAUUUAAUUGGCAUGUAUGAUUGGGUAAUUAACAAUUAUGCUGUUGAUUUGCACCCCAAUCUGGUUCUUUACACUUACUCAGUUAGUGAGUUCUGGUGACAAAUUGUUAUUAACAACAAGCUCUUGCUUUAAUCAUGGGUCAGUAUCAUGAUAUUGAUGACAUCCUAGCAGAUGAAGAGCUUGUUCCAGCAGUGUUCUUGGAGGCGGUAAAUGGAGUUGCUUUGUUUGAAGCUAAUGACACAAACAGGGUAGAACCUAGGUCAAAGGUCGAAUUGCCGUUCUGGCUUGCUAGUGAACUUCACCUGAGACAUGCAACUUCUGUUACCAUUCCUCCGUGUUUCGGUAAAAAAACUCAAGAAGAAAUUGGGGCUGAUGGUGCUCAUGUGGACUUAAGAUCUCGAUGUUUGUAUAUUUAUGAGUUAGGAUGCAAGAUAUUGCAAUUGUGAGUAUUAGUUUUUGCUAUCGUGUAUGGUUAAGAAUUUGUUUUUGUAGAUUUUGUAUUAUUGUUGCUGCAAGAUUCCGCUUUUA